GCAUGCGCAGGCAGGGCCAGCGGGCAGCCGAAGACCAAAGUAUGUGAAGAUCAGCAGUCUAACAGAACACCAGCAUACUGCAAGAAGAGGCACACACUCCUUCCUGCGCCUCGCCUCGACAUGGUCUUCGUCGUACUGUGUCUCGCCCUUAUGUUGGCACCAUGGACUAUCGCUUCACCUGUCCACACCCCGACCGUUAACAUCGCUACCGCCCACAAAACCCGAACGAAAAGGUGCCUCGACUAUUAUGGCAGCUAUUAUGGCUAUGAUUCCCAUAAUUGGCCUUGGUGCAACAAUCAAUACUACCAUGCGCAACAUCCUUGUUACUACUACUCUUGCUGGGGACCAUGGUCACUUUAUCCAUCCGCCACCACCAAACCAUCCACCACAACCACCCCAAGCCCAUACAAACCACCCUUCAUAAUCAUCUUGCCCACGAAUCCAUCUAGACCCACCAGACCGCCCUACAUACCCAUCAUGCCCACGCAACCAGGAAGACCCACCAUACCGCCCUACAUACCCAUCAUGCCCACACUACCAGGAAGACCCACCAGACCGCCCUACAUACCCAUCAUGCCAUCGAAAAGGCCCAUCCGGCCCUUUCCCUACGGACGUCGAAUGGGAAGAAGCCUGAAGGAAAGAAGAGGGUGCAACAGAGUCUGCGUCGACGAGCACAAAAUGCAUUACUGCUGCGACACAACCACCACGCAGCCCCCCACCACGCUAGCGUCGCGGGGCACGUGUCCACCUCAGAUAUAUCCCUGCACACUGCCCGCCAACCACACGACUCAACGCGACUGCGAGUCUGACCACCAGUGCCCGGACGACCACGGGUGUUGCUACGACCACUGCCUUCAAGAGUACAAGUGUCGCCGCCUGCUACCGCACACUUCCACUACCACGCCCGCGCCGCGCCUCUCGCAUCGUCACGAGAACGAAACAAGAGUGAAGCGUUCCCUGCAGAAGGAUGAAGAGCCUGCAGUUGUGCCAGAAACACUCGCAGCCAGUGAGACCCAGCCACAGAUGACGACAGGACGCCACGGCGAAGAGGCGCGCCUCACCGUGAUGGUGGAUGAGGGGCGGCCAGGCAGCGGCCAACGCCUCCAGCACCUGCUGCAGCUUCUCACACGUCUGCAGCAGCCCAGCCUUCCCAUCCUUUUCCUGCCCCUCCAUCCGCUGGCGGACGAGAGGAGGACAGUGUGGGAAGUGGUGCAGUGCGCGGCGCAGGCAGCCCCAGAGCAGAAGGCAGCCGUACACUUGGUGGGCUGUGUCCUGGCAGCCCCGCCUCCGCCCAUGGCCCGGCUCGACUCCUUCCUCUCCUCAGUCAGACAGUGUGGACGUGACCACCGUGUGAGCUGGACGAGCCUGCAGCUUUGCGUGGACCAUGGCAAGGGACGAGGCAUGCUGCGGGACGCCCUUCUGCGUCACGCUCGUCUGUUGCAAGCUGCCAGGACGCGUCAGAUGACCGCGGCGCCGCCUGCCGCUGCUGUCCUCGCCGUCAACGGGACCUUAGUGGACGGAUCACUGGUGCUCUUCCCAGCCACCACCAUCGUCAAGUAGACGUGCUGCGGCCAAUUACUGGGCGUGGGGCCAGCUUCGACAUCCACUUCACAGCACAGAACUGCCAACAUUCUCGAAUAUCUACUGCAUGCCAUCACACGAGAUGUCAAAAGACCCGGAGCGGUGGGCGAGCUUCUUUGUAUGUAGGAAUAAGUAACCACAGCUCUUGAAAAGCAGGAAAAUGAAAUAUAAAUAUUCU